AUGUCUGCGGACCAUACAGAUUUGCGUGCAAUUUCGCGUGCAGUUUAUAAAUAUUUCAACAAAAUCGAUUCUCAACCAGUCAGAAGUCGGCCGCUUUCGGCGAACACGGGCAGGAAGCUUUGCGAUGAGGAAAGACUUGAAACAAAGCUUGAACAGGAACGGUUUGGCCUUCAAGGAUGGCCCCAAGAAGGAGUAUUUACGACCAAUCCCUCUGCAGCGUUAAGCCAUGUCAAUGCAAGCCAGACUUCGGAGCCUGCUAAAGAAAAUUGUUGCGAUUGUUCUGCUGCUACAGUUCCGCAGAAACGGAAUCAAAUUGAAGGAGAGUUCACUUCGUUACCUAUCAGCAUGGACCCCAGUGAGGCUUUAAUCCGGCUGCGGAACCUACGAACUCGAAAUGGCAUGCCUUCAACUAUGCCUGUCGCACCAGACGGUAAGCCUAAUAGCGUAGAAAGGAGAGAAAAAGACUCCGCCCUUACUCUUUUCAAGGCCCCAAAUGAAUCAUAUAUAAAAUUAUACCUAAAAUAA